AUGCACCCACCAGUAGCCACACUAUUUUUAAGGAAGCCUGGAACAGUCGUGGAGGAAGCCUGGAACAGUCGUGAAGGAAGCCUAGAACAGUCAUGGUGGAAGCCUGGAACAGUCGUGGAGGAAGCCUGGAACAGUCGUAGAGGAAGCCUGGAACAGUCGUGGAGGAAGCCUAGAACAGUCGUGGAGGAAGCCUGGAACAGUCGUGGAGGAAGCCUGGAACAGUCGUGGAGGGAGCCUGGAACAGUCGUGGAGGAAGCCUGGAACAGUCGUGGAGGAAGCCUGGAACAGUCGUGGAGGAAGCCUAGAACAGUCGUGGAGGAAGCCUGGAACAGUCGUGGAGGAAGCCUGGAUCGUUCGUGGAGGAAGCCUAGAACAGUCGUGGAGGAAGCCUGGAACAGUCGUGGAGGAAGCCUGGAACAGUCGUGGAGGAAGCCUGGAACAGUCGUGGAGGAAGCCAGGAUCGUUCGUGGAGGAAGCCUAGAACAGUCGUGGAGGAAGCCUGGAACAGUCGUGGAGGAAGCCUGGAACAGUCGUGGAGGAAGCCUGGAACAGUCGUGGAGGAAGCCUGGAACAGUCGUGGAGGAAGCCUGGAACAGUCGUGGAGGAAGCCUGGAACAGUCGUGGAGGAAGCCUGGAUCGUUCGUGGAGGAAGCCUGGAUCGUUCGUGGAGGAAGCCUGGAACAGUCGUGGAGGAAGCCUGGAACAGUCGUGGAGGAAGCCUGGAACAGUCGUGGAGGAAGCCUGGAACAGUCGUGGAGGAAGCCUGGAACAGUCGUGGAGGAAGCCUGGAACAGUCGUGGAGGAAGCCUGGAACAGUCGUGGAGGAAGCCUGGAACAGUCGUGGAGGAAGCCUGGAACAGUCGUGGAGGAAGCCUGGAACAGUCGUGGAGGAAGCCUGGAACAGUCGUGGAGGAAGCCUGGAACAGUCGUGGAGGAAGCCUGGAACAGUCGUGGAGGAAGCCUGGAACAGUCGUGGAGGAAGCCUGGAACAGUCGUGGAGGAAGCCUGGAACAGUCGUGGAGGAAGCCUGGAACAGUCGUGGAGGAAGCCUGGAACAGUCGUGGAGGAAGCCUGGAACAGUCGUGGAGGAAGCCUGGAACAGUCGUGGAGGAAGCCUGGAACAGUCGUGGAGGAAGCCUGGAACAGUCGUGGAGGAAGCCUGGAACAGUCGUGGAGGAAGCCUGGAACAGUCGUGGAGGAAGCCUGGAACAGUCGUGGAGGAAGCCUAGAACAGUCGUGGAGGAAGCCUGGAACAGUCGUGGAGGAAGCCUGGAACAGUCGUGGAGGAAGCCUGGAACAGUCGUGGAGAAAGCCUGGAACAGUCGUGGAGGAAGCCUGGAACAGUCGUGGAGGAAACCUGGAACAGUCGUGGAGGAAGCCUGGAACAGUCGUGGAGGAAGCCUGGAACAGUCGUGGAGGAAGCCUAAAGCCGAGUUACAAAGAAAUUUCAUCUUAGCCGCCUCGCAUGGGCCAAUUAACCUUCUGCAGUUACCUCCAUGUUAUGAGUGA